AUGGAGGAGAAAGAGUGCUCGGAGGGCCACAAUGAAUCGCAAGGUCCUGAUUCGGACUCGCCAUCAUGCCUGGGAUGUCGUCGGCGGAAGCAGCGCUGCUCGCGCGAGCACCCCACCUGUAACCACUGCGAGCGACUCGGUGUCGUGUGCGUCUAUGAUGCGAAAAAGAACAAGCCCGGCAUGAAGCCCGGUGCCAUAGAGACAUUGAAUCGACGAGUCGAUGCCCUGGAAGCGACUGUAUACAACUCCGAUUCCCAUCCCGUCCGCCCCACCGAGACACAGUCCUUGUUCACUGCUUUUUCCAGUCUUGUACAAGAGCUACGCGGACUCGUCAACCAGAAGCCCGCGUUCUGCACUCCCGUGCCGUCACAGUCAGGUGCAGCAGCAGCGCAACGCCUCUCGCCUCACACCGUAGCUCAGGACACGACCAGUGGGACGGCUGCUGAACAGCAGACGCGCAAGAGGAAGAGAGCGGAUACCUUGGGACAAUCAUCUACCACGUCGGUAGCCAACGAUACCCCGAGCGGGGACAGUAUCAGCGGUCUGCCGAGUGCGGACCUGCUUGAAAAGAUCAUGUUCGCCUAUUUCAAACACGUCCAGCCAUGGACGCCAAUACUGCACGAGGCAAAGCUGAGAGCUCGUUUGAGCGCAUCUCACCACACUCCUCAAGUCGCCAUAUUGAUACACGCUGUCAUCGUUGCCGCUGUGCGCUUGGUUGACGAUGAGACCCUUCGAAGUCGUCCAGACUACGUCGAGCAGCUCAUAUUAGAAUCAAGAGACAAAGUGCUCCUGCUGGGAAUGGACGGCUUGAGCAUGGGCAAUGGUGACACAUCCAGGGCCUGGCCAAUCAUCGGCUCAUUGACUAGGACUGUCGAGUAUCUUCAGCUGAGUGUGGAUCCGGACAGCAAACAAGGCACGCCCUUACUCAUGCCACUGGCUUUAUUGCCGCCUGCCGAGGACUGGACUCAGGAUGAAGAACGCCGCAGAGCCUUCUGGAACAUCUUCAACCUCGAUCGUUUCUGUUCGGUCGCGACAGGUUGGAACACGAGUCUGACUUCACAUGACGUACACAGAAGACUGCCAGCUGAUGGUGGUUUGUGGCACAAGCAGCAACCCGUCACCACCCCAUUCUUUGGUAUCUGGGACAGAUCAGCAGCUCGGAUCGGGAACUCGAUAACGUUUUUCCCUGAACAUUACCCGAGCCCUCAAUCAGGGAAGGAUGGUCCGCUUUCGACUCCACACACAGCAACUGGUGGUCAGAAGAACGGAGCCCACAUCGACAUGUCUACUGUCGGAGCUUAUGCAUACUGUAUAGAGGCGACCGAGUCCUUGAGUCGCAUCACAUCAUACUUCCUCAGGCAGGAAAUCGAUUUUACGGAUCGCAUACAAGUCAGUGACUGGUUGAUGAGGUUCAAGGAACUAGAUCUGCGUCUGGUACACUGGAAGAUGUUUUUACCUCAGAAGUGGAAGGACUCCAAUGUGUCUCGAGAGCCUACUCGUGUCGAGAUGGAUCCGAAUCUUACCCUCGCGCAUAUCACUCAUAACACAUCCAUGAUCCUACUACAUCAGCAAAUUGCUUAUCCAUCCCGAGAUUUGUCGCGCACCGUCAAGAUGCCGAGCAUGCACAGCGCCGAGACAUGUCAAUCGGCAGCUACAGAAACCGCUACCAUCGCACAAAAAUAUCUCAAGCAUACAUCCUCAGAUAGUCUGGUCAACAGCCAGUUUUCGUUUUGCAUAUACAUCAGCGCCCGCGCGCUUCUAGUGCAUUGGAAGUACUACCAAACAGAGCUUGCGCCCGACUUUUGGGCUUUGCUCAGCAGUUUGGACGAGAUGUCGAUACGAUGGGCUGGCCCUAUCUUCCGAUCAAGAUCCAGCACGUCUCUCGCGGGUAGGUACUGUGCACAGCUGCGCAGCCUCUAUGAGAAGUCUAUCGCUGAUGUCAAGUUCUGCGUGGACACUCGGGGCUAUGCUCUGGAUGCUUUCUCCCGAUCAUUGUCGACCGAGGGGACUGGUCAGUAUGCUUCCGUGGAUGAUAGCCAUGGCAGACCCGCGGCAAGCGUUAUGGGAACUUCGCCUUACCAAGCAGUGGGCACGGAUGCCCUUCAUCUAGCUAGCAGCGCAGCGCACCGUUCUCCAUCUGGCUACACCACACUCUCUGUGCCCGUCGGCCAGAGUCCACAAGACGGGCUGGCUGCUAUCUCCACCCUGCUGGCUGACCAGGAUUUUAUGCAGUUGGACCGGAUCAUCAGUUUCGAUGAAUCACUAUUCACAGCUCAAAGUCUCCAUCCAGGUGCAAACUAUCCUGAGGAGUGGGGACUUGGGUGA